CAUUGCAUGUAAAAGCCAGCAUGUCCGUGUUGUGUGUGGGACUGAAGGUAAAAAAAAUCGUAGCUAACGUCCCUUGAGUCCACACAACAGAGAUCUCUUGGUCCGUGCGGCAGCUCCGUUCAGGCCGCGGCUUGUUUUUGUUGUUAUUGUCGUCAAAAUGGCGACUGGCGCUGAGGCCCCGGAGUCUUGGUACCUCGCCCUGCUCGGUUUCGCCGAACAUUUUCGCACGUCGAGCCCACCGAAAAUCCGCCUGUGUGUGCACUGUCUUCAGGCUGUGUUUCAGUUUAAACCUCCACAAAGGGUGGAAGCCCGAACCCACCUUCAGCUCGGCUCGGUCUUGUACCACCACACCAAGAACAGCGACCUAGCCCGGAGUCAUCUGGAAAAAGCGUGGUGCAUCUCGCAACAAGUCCCACAGUUUGAAGAUGUUAAAUUCGAGGCUGCCAGUCUCCUCUCUGAGCUCUAUUGCCAGCAGAACUUGGUUGAUUCUGCUAAGCCUUUACUACGCAAAGCCAUCCAGAUCUCCCAGCAGACCCCUUAUUGGCACUGCAGAUUGUUAUUCCAACUUGCACAACUGCACACGCUAGAGAAAGACUUGGUGUCUGCUUGUGACCUGUUGGGUGUAGGUGCUGAAUAUGCCAGAGUCGUGGGAUCCGAAUAUACCAGAGCGCUGUUUCUUCUGAGCAAAGGGAUGUUGCUGCUGAUGGAGCGUAAACUGCAGGAAGUCCAUCCUUUGCUCACGUUAUGUGGGCAGAUCGUGGAGAAUUGGCAGGGAAACCCAAUACAGAAGGAGUCCCUCCGGGUGUUUUUCCUAGUGCUGCAGGUUACGCAUUAUCUGGAUGCUGGACAGGUAAAGAGUGUAAAACCAUGCUUGAAGCAGCUUCAGCAAUGUAUCCAGACCAUCUCAACACUUCAUGAUGAUGAAAUUCUGCCCAGUAAUCCUGCGGACCUUUUUCACUGGCUGCCGAAGGAACAUAUGUGUGUGCUCGUCUACCUGGUGACCGUCAUGCACUCUAUGCAGGCUGGCUACCUGGAGAAAGCACAGAAGUACACAGACAAAGCUCUCAUGCAACUAGAGAAACUAAAGAUGUUGGACUGCAGUCCCAUCCUCUCUUCAUUCCAAGUCAUCUUGCUGGAGCACAUCAUCAUGUGUCGUCUGGUUACAGGCCACAAGGCAACGGCACUGCAGGAGAUCUCUCAGGUUUGUCAGCUGUGCCAGCAGUCUCCUCGCCUGUUCUCCAACCACGCUGCUCAGCUCCAUACCCUAUUAGGUUUGUACUGCAUUUCAGUGAACUGUAUGGACAACGCAGAAGCUCAAUUCACUACAGCUUUGCGGCUCACUACACACCAGGAGCUGUGGACCUUCAUCGUGACCAACCUAGCCAGUGUCUACAUCAGAGAGGGCAACCGACACCAAGAGCUUUAUAGCCUACUAGAGAGGAUAAACCCAGACCACAACUUUCCUGUGAGUUCUCAUUGUCUGCGGGCUGCAGCCUUUUAUAUUAGAGGACUCCUCUCCUUUUUCCAGGGACGCUACAACGAGGCCAAGCGCUUUUUGCGUGAGACUCUAAAGAUGUCCAAUGCUGAGGAUCUGAAUCGAUUGACCGCAUGCUCCCUUGUUCUUCUCGGGCACAUAUUUUAUGUCCUGGGAAACCACAGGGAGAGCAACAACAUGGUGGUUCCAGCCAUGCAACUGGCCAGCAAGAUUCCUGACAUGUCUGUUCAGCUGUGGUCCUCGGCUCUACUAAAAGAUCUGAACAAGGCUUGUGGGAACACGAUAGAUGCGCAUGAGGCGGCUCAGAUGCACCAGAACUUCUCCCAGCAGCUCCUGCAGGAUCACAUAGCUGCCUGCAGCCUGCCUGAACACAACCUCAUUAGUUGGACAGAUGGACCUCCACCAGUGCAGAUCCAAGCUCAGAAUGGACCCACAACCAGUCUGGCCAGCCUGCUUUGAAUAUUCAACACACGUUUUACACAUUGAUGAACACACACACACCAUCUCACUCACUGUGAGCACACACAAAUUGUACAUACAGGUCAGCCUCUUCUGAGCCCUCACAAACACUCUCGCACACAUACACAUAUUAAAACUCAAAAGGAGAGAGGACUCCUCUGCCUUUGACCUGCAGAUUUUUAUUUUAUCUUGUAUUGUUCAGAUUUUAACUUAUUCUUAUUGAACAUGGAUGCUGUUGGGGCAGCGGGUUUCUCAUUCAGUCUUGGAGAAUGGCUGGAGCGUCACUAUGGGCACGAUUAGUCUAAGUUAGUGCUUAUGAACCUCUACACAUGGCAAAAAAAAAACCCCAAACAAUUGUAAUGAGAGGCUUUGAACAUAUGCAUUCUCUGUUAGUUUAGAAAAGACUUCUAUAUUUUAUUUGGCUGAUUUGACUACUAUGGAUGCCUUUGAGACAGCCGUUGGUGAAGCUGCUCCUCUUCAUCAGUGAGAACUUCAAUUUAGUCUAAUUGACCAAUUCUGCCAAGUGUGUAUGUUCAUGUAUAAACUCAGCUGGAAGAUACUUCCAACAGACCAGUGUUUUGUUUUGUUUUUUUGAAAUAAUUAUUAACAUUUUUAAAAUGAGUUUAAUUCCAAUACAUUAUCCAUGACCAUAACCAGUUUAAGAUGAGACAUACUGAGGUGUGUGUUGGGUUUGCAUUGAAACAGUAAGGUGACCCAGUGAAGGGAGAUGGUUAAUUAUGCUGUAGCUGGAAACAGGCUGUUUUGGUUAACAGGCCAAAUGCUUUACGUUAGUCUAGAGCUGAACUCAGCCUAAACUGUGUGUCCGUUUUGAAUUACUUACGUUUUUCAACAUAGUCUCUAUCUACCACAUCUGUCUUAAAGGGGCAUUCCACAGAUUUUUAAACAAUUCUUCCUUAUUCAUUUGUUGAGAUGUAAACAAAGUCGUUCAGAGCGGUUUGAUGUGAAAUGGUUCAUUUUAGAAAGUCUUACUGACUCCUUUUUGCUUUCAUGUUUACAAUGCAGAUAUACUCAUUCUAUUUACUAUCCAAAAUAACCAGCAAACCUGUCUUCUGAGUUUUAUAUGUUGAUCUUAACAGUUAAGUUGUGCAGGAAGUUUGGAAAAUCAGAAGAAUUCGCCUUUAAGAAAUCAUAAAAGCUUGGUUAAGUUGGCAGAAUUCCUCUUUAAGGCCUAUUAAUAUGUAAUUCAUGGAUGAAAAAGCAUGUAAAGUUUUGAUAACAAUAGUUCAUAUUAAUGCAGUCUUCGACAUAGUGUCUGAAACUGGCAGACUGUGGCACUACAUAAAAUAUUUAAUUAAAGCCAACUAACUUUUAUCUGCGGUGUUGUCUGGAUGUGUAAAAAUCAGGCUGAAAUUACAGCUUGGUUGCUGUCCAAGCAACUGAAUCAAGAUAACUGCAGAACAGCUCAUUUUGCUUGUGGCAGAGCACAAAACCUUAUACAUCAAGUAAGCUAAUAAUAAAAAUACAGAGGUUAUAGAAAAUGCAUAGGGGACCAUGGUUGAAAGGCUAGGGAAUGAUUGUACAACAUAGCUUUUCAGCAUUAUUUUAGUUUAUUUAGGUGUUUCCCAGUCUGUUCAUGUUCAGCCUUUUUUGUUUCAGUGCUUAAUUGUAAUGUGUAAAUUCACUAGUACUAAUUGAGGAAUGCGUUUUCCCUCUUUUCUUGCACUCGGAUUGUUUAAAAAAAAAAAAAAA